AAAUCGUCCUCAAUGUCAUUGGUAUUUCAGUAGUCCAAUUCUGACUUUUCUUUUCUUUUUGCUUUUACAAUUAUACCAAGAAUAAAAGAAGACGCUAAAUCGUCCACCAUUUCUCGUCAGUACUCAGUAGUCACCCUCACGGCCUCACUUAGAUAAAACAAACUCUGACGUUAACUUCAACAGUCAACACCUGCUUGAUCUUGAAUCUCCUCUCUCUAAGCUUUAACCAUACAGCAGAUUACUACCCCAGUCUCUCGCUAUGAGCAUGAUGGAGAUAACUAAUGUUUCUGAAUAUGAAAAAUUGGCAAAGGAGAGACUGCCGAAGAUGAUUUAUGAUUAUUAUGCAUCAGGUGCUGAAGAUCAAUGGACUCUUGAAGAGAAUAGAAAUGCAUUUUCAAGGAUUUUGUAGGUUCCGGCCUCGAAUCCUUAUUGAUGUAAGCCAAAUAGAUAUCACAACAAAGGUCUUGGGUUUCAAAAUUUCCAUGCCGAUCAUGAUUGCUCCUACAGCAAUGCAAAAAAUGGCUCAUCCAGAGGGUAAAUCAUGAUCUUCAGAGAAUUUGCAACAGCGAGGGCAGCAUCUGCUGCUGGCACAAUUAUGACAUUGUCUUCAUGGGCCACAUCUAGUGUAGAAGAAGUUGCCUCAACAGGUCAUGGAAUUCGUUUUUUCCAGCUCUAUGUGAUGAGAGACAGGAAUUUUGUUGCUCAGCUAGUUAAGCGAGCUGAGGAAGCUGGUUUUAGAGCUAUUGUUCUCACAGUUGAUACACCAAGGCUAGGUAGAAGAGAGGAUGAUAUUAAGAACAGAUUUGCUCUCCCACCACAUUUGACAUUAAAGAACUUUGAGGAGCUGGGUAUUGGUAAGAUUGAUCGGACAGACGACUCUGGAUUAGCUUCAUAUGUUUCGUCACAAGUUGACCGGUCACUGAGUUGGAAGGAUGUAAAGUGGCUUCAGACCAUUACGAAGUUGCCAAUUUUGCUUAAAGGAGUGCUUACUGCUGAGGAUGCAAGACUGGCAGUGCAAGCAGGUGCUGCAGGAAUCAUUGUGUCCAACCAUGGAGCUCGACAGCUUGAUUAUGUUCCUGCAACCAUCAUGGCUUUAGAAGAGAUUGUGAAAGCCGUGCAAUGCCAAAUUCCUGUUUUCUUGGACGGUGGUGUUCGUCGUGGUACUGAUGUUUUCAAAGCAUUAGCUCUAGGAGCAUCUGGCGUAUUUAUUGGUAGACCAGUAGUUUUUUCACUAGCUGUUCAUGGAGAAGCUGGUGUUCAGAAAGUGCUUCAAAUGCUCCGUGAUGAGUUUGAGGUCACAAUGGCAUUGAGUGGUUGCCGAAAGGUUGAGGAGAUUACUCGUAACCAUGUAAUGACAGAAUGGAACACUCCCCGGAUCUGUCCGAAGUUAUAAGUCGUGCUCAUUAGCAUUAUCAUAACCUAUGCGAAGUAGAAUUCAGGAGUUGGUGAAAUAAGGCUUAUUGUAUUUGGAAUUUAUGGUUGCACCUCAAAAUAUAUGUCAAAAAAUAAUGAAAUUGCUUGGAUUAAAUAAAGUAUCAGACGUAGAUUGCAUAGUACAAGAGUACCAUGUAGUUUGUUAUAGCACCAAGAUUGGUGAGGUUUCCUUUAAUUUCUCUCUCCUCAACUCAUUAGUCGACAUCAUUUUUCACUAAUUGUAUCACCUAUUGUUUCCAUUUUACAAUAACAUAAAUUAUUAAGGUCUC